UAUAUCACUUUAGCCUUCUUUAUACAUGUUUAUUUAACAUGUAAUUUUUAAUUUUUUUAUAAUUUUUUCGCGGGUAGGUGUUCUAAGAGAAAGACACAGGGAAAGCGUCUCUCCCAAAAAAAAUAAUUUUAUUUGGUUUUUUUUGGAUAUAUCACAAUUAUCACAAUAAGUACUGAUUAAAAGGCACUACCUGCUGGUAUAGUGUGUUUACAUCACUUUCCUACCGUAUAAUACUACCGUAACAUCAUCGGCAUCAUAAGCAUGGAGGCAGUGGAGGCGGUCAAUUGCACCCUGGCUGAGAUGAGGGCAGAGUUCAGGGAGCGGAUGUCUAAAUUCGAAGCCGGGCAUAGCAGCACACCGUCCAAACUUGCCUCUGGUGGCACUUCGGGUCUGGCACAGGACUACUGGACCUUUAAGCGGUUCAUGUUUGAUGCCCUUGAGUGUCUACAGCGGCAGAUGGAGUUUUUUGCUCGGGACAUGGAUGCGCAGGAGAUGAGAGGCCGGAGAAAGAUGUUAUUGAUCCACGGAGUUCCUGAAAUCCCAAAAGAAAACACAUCACUAGUGGUCACUGGAGUCAUACAGGAGAAGCUUAAAAUGGACAAUAUCACUACCUCAGAUGUGCGUAGAUGUCACCGGGUUGGCAGCUUCACCAAUAAAACACGUCCCAGACCAAUACUGGUGAAGAUGCAGGAAGUAGAUACUCGAGACAAAGUGUGGUACAACAAGACCCAGCUCAAGGGUACGGGUAUCACACUUUCAGAGUUCCUGACGAAGACACGACACCAGGUCUUCAUGGCGGCGCGGGAUAGGUUCGGUGUGUCGAACUGUUGGACUAAGCAGGGCCACAUAUAUGUUCUGGGACCGGAUGGCGUGAGGCACCGCAUAGUAAGUCACAGCGAGUUGCGUGCGAUCGGCGAGCCUGCAGCAGUCCCCGAGCGGUCUCCUGCGACGGUCCCCGAGCGAUAUCCUGCGGCUGUGGUUCGGAGAGGGAAGCGUGGCGCCAGUAAAAAGUGACUUCAAUGAUCCUGCUUCGUUCGGGUAACAAAUUCACCUCUUAUUUCCUUUGUCUUGAGGUAGUUAUCCAAUACCCUCCCAUUAUAUUUAUUACUACUUAAUGUAUUUAUUUUGUUUCUACCCAUUAGAACAGAUUAAUUUUAUUACUCCUCUACCCUUACUAUUUAUCUUUACUGCGUUAUUAUAAAUGAAUAUUUCCAACCCUCUGCUCACUCUAAAAUAUUCUAUGUUUAUUUACUGUUUCUGACGUUUGACAUUUGUCAAACGUCACGUUAAUAGUUGCGUUCCGUUUGACAUCGGAUGCGUGAACUGUUUAUGAAACCAUAGACAGUUUCAAUGCAGACGGUAAUGACGAAUACCCUAUUUAUUAUUUGUAUUAUGCAUUUAUUUUAUUUUAUCAGUUUCUAAUUAUUGUUCUUUUAAUAUUUGUUUUA